AUGUUGAACACUGUUGUAAAGAAGACACCAGACAAAGUAGCAUUUAUAUUUCCAGUAGAAAAGAUACACCUCACAUUUGCUGAAUUACAAAACCAAGUCACUGCCUUGGGAACUGGGCUUCUUUGCUUUGGGUUGAAACGAGGAGAUACUCUGGGUAUUUUUUCGUCCAGUGCACCUGAAUACAUAUUGGUACAGUUUGCUGCUGCACUGAUAGGAGUGGUAUUAGCACGAUUUCACAUCGGCUUGCCAAAUAAUAUGCUGAAAAAUGCUAUAAUUAAGAGUGAGUGUGUUGCUCUGGUAGUUGGUGCCAAAAAUGACGAGGUGUACAAGCAGUUGGAGGAAAUUGUUCCAGAUUUGAAAGCAUCAGAUUUUAAAAUAUUGCAAAAUAAUGGCAAAUCAAAACUUCAAUCAAUAAUUACCAACGUGGCGGCGUCUCAAGACAAAUGGAAGUCUAUUGAUGAUAUCAUGGAUAUAGGCAGAACAAACCCCGAAAAGGGUAAACGGCUACUAGAGGAAACCAGCAAAAUGCUGGAGUUUGGUGACCUGUAUACCAUUUUCUACACAUCUGGUAGUACUGGGCCAUUGAAAGGCACUCUCCAUACUAAUGUCACAAAUCAAAACAUGUACAUGGUAUUCGCAGACAGAUAUGGAUGGACGAAUAACGACAUUCUUCUGUCGGCGUGUCAUUCAUUAUCUCAUAUCGCUUCAGAAAUGUCUCACAUUGCUCCACUCAUACUGGGAAUGACAUCAGUCAUACUUUCCCCUGGUACAAACAUAGAAGAUAAUGUUGCAGUUAUACAAGAUGAACGUUGUACCGCACUAUUUUCUACCUAUCCUGGUCUUUAUAAAAUGCUACAUUAUGGCAACAUUGAUCAAUAUGAUUGUUCAUCUCUUCGCUACAUUCUGACUGGUGCAAGCACAAUUCCACCAGACUUUAUUCGGAAAGUCAGUACAAUAUUCCAAGCUAAAGUACUGAAUGCAUAUGGCUCAUCUGAAGCCGGAUUAGUCAGUGGGAGAGAUAUCAUAGCGAGUGAAAAUGAGGUUAUUGAUAAAGUUGGGCGCCCAAUUGGUCACACUGAAGUUAAGAUAGUGAAUCAAAAUGGUGGUAUAGUGCCAAUCAAUACACUUGGUGAGCUACUCGUCCGCAGUAAUUUUCUAUUUCGUUCUUAUAUUAAUGAUGAAGUCAAGACAAGGCAGGUUAAAAGCGUAGAUGGAUGGUAUAAAUCAGGUGACACAGCUAAGAUAAAUUGUAAUGGUUAUAUUACUAUUGUUGGAAGGCGCCAAGAUAUCAUCAUAAAAGGAGGACAAACAAUGUACUAUUCUAGCUUAGUGGAGUCUUUAUUGAGUCAUCCAAACGUUAUAGCAGCUUACAUAGUGCCGGUGCCAGAUGAAGAAUUACAAGAAGACUUCUGCGCAUGUGUCUCAUUGAUUGGCAAUAUUUCACUGUCUGCAGACGAGUUGAAGACCUACUACAGUAGUAACAUUGGAAUGUCGGAUUAUAUUCCAAAAUAUGUGAUCAUUUUUAAUGAUUUUCCGAAAACAUUAGUUGGUAAAAUAGAUCAGAAGACGCUGUGUCUCGAAGCGUUUCGUAAGUUAGGUUUGGAUGAAGACUGGCUUAUGCAUGGAAGACAAGCAUAA